AGCCGGCCAACCCUCUCCACCCCGGACUCGGGCAGAGGCCCUGGCAGCCCAGCGUCCAUCUGCGCCUCAGGGACAGCAAGGCCCUCCUGGGGCCCCCGCCGGUCGCGCUUCCCCGGGAUGCGAGUCCCUGCGCCGACGCCCGGCAGAGGCCGGCACGGGCGCGGCUACUCCCCGUGCACAGGGAUGAAGCUGUCCCGGGGGCCCCGGAGACCCGCAGCGGCCAGCCCCGCGGGCCCCUGAGGCUGCCGCCCGGAGCGCUCCGCUACUGGGUUCCCAGAGUUGCCUGGGGCAACCUCCCCCACCGCCAAAACUCCUGUGGUCCUCCUUGACCCGGACCCAUGGAGCCGGCGGUCCUGGCCUCGCACAACCUCCCGCACCACGAGCCAAUCAGCUUUGGCAUCGAUCAGAUCCUGAGCUGCCCGGAACCCCCCGGGAGCGGCCUAGGCCCCUGUCGCGCCGGCCAGGGCCAUGGGGAGAGUGCACCGUUCUCGGGUGGAUUUCACGCAACCUCAAGCUACGGUCCCGCGGGUUCGCUGGCCCCGCUACCUGGCAGCUCAGGCAUGGGCCCAGGCGGCGUGAUCCGUGUCCCGGCGCAUCGUCCAAUGCCAGUGCCUCCGCCCGCGGGAAGCGCGCCAGCAGUGCCUGGACCCUCGGGCUUGGGCGGAGCCGGGGGCCUAGCCGGACUCACCUUCCCUUGGAUGGACAGCGGCCGCCGCUUUGCCAAGGACCGGCUCACGGCUGCACUCUCGCCCUUCUCCGGGACGCGGCGCAUAGGUCACCCCUACCAAAACCGGACCCCCCCGAAGCGGAAGAAGCCGCGCACGUCCUUCUCCCGCUCGCAGGUGCUGGAGCUGGAGCGGCGCUUCCUGCGCCAGAAGUACUUGGCCUCGGCGGAGAGGGCAGCGCUGGCUAAGGCCCUGCGCAUGACCGACGCACAGGUCAAGACUUGGUUCCAGAACCGGCGCACCAAGUGGCGGCGCCAGACGGCGGAGGAGCGCGAGGCGGAGCGGCACCGCGCCGGCCGGCUGCUCCUGCACCUACAACAGGAUGCCCUACCGCGGCCUCUGCGGCCGCCGCUGCCCCCGGACCCACUCUGCCUGCACAACUCGUCGCUCUUCGCGCUGCAGAACCUGCAGCCCUGGGCCGAGGACAACAAGGUGGCUUCCGUGUCCGGGCUCGCCUCGGUGGUGUGAGCGACGCCUGCCCGAGCGGCCGAGAGCUCUCUAACGGACGGAGGCGCCGCGCGGAGUGCCCGGCCCAGGACCAUGGAGCGCGCGGCUGACCACGCCGUGGUGCCGUGGUUCCGUGGUAGCGGAGCUGGUGAGGAGGAGCUGGCUUUAAGGCUGUCAUCGAGGGCUCCACGGCCGCCGCGGGCUCCCAGGCUUGCGUUUCGAGGUUGUGCCGCGCGUUUAGACGUGGCCUUUCCCGCCAUUUCCCACUUAACUGCGGUCGCAAGGCAGAUGGAACCCGAGGAGCCCAGAAGGCGGGACUUGCGGUAUGGUAGCCAAUGAGGUGA